AUGGGCGAUGCGAGCGACACGGACAUGGCGGAGCAGCACGAAGUCGCAGACGCCGACACUCGCUACACGGAACAGCAGGAGGACACGGACGGCGACUUUUGCCACACCGAACAGCACGAGAACACGAACUCCGACUAUCGCUACACGGAGCAGCACGAGAACUCGAAUGCCGGCUAUACUCGUACACAUCAGCGCCGAGUCUACUACGAUGCGGGUCCCGCCGGUGGCGAUCAGGAGCAGCGGCAGCUGGAAGGCCCGGAGGACGUGAGCGCGCGGCAGGUGCGGCGGGGGCGGGACAUUCAGGGGAUUCCGUGGGAGCGGCUGCACCUGAGUCGGGAGAAGUACCGCGCGAUGCGGCUGCAGCAGUACAAGAACUACAAGAACCUCGACGUGUCAUUGGAUGUUGUUGAUAAGGUGCGCGCAGUGUUUAUGUGCGCGCACAUGCGUCAUCACGAGAGCAAGUGUCAGGCGUCCUCGAUUCUCCGUUACAUUCAUCUCCUCCUCGUUUUGCACUUCUUCUCUUCCUUCGGUUUCCCUCCUCCUUCUCCCUCCCCAGCCCCGUUCCCUUCUCACCCCUUCUUCUGCCUGCCUUAUCCCGCAUCUUGCCUCACCCUCCACCCUCCACGAUAUGGCCAAGUCACACUCGGCCUCCUCAAUUUACCCCUCUUCUUUCUCCGUCCCCUCUUCUUCCUCCUCACCCCUUCCCCUCUCCCUCUCUGGCUCCUUCUUUCCUGCCUUACCCCCCGUCUUGCCUGUCAAUUCUCCCAGGAAGUGCAGCAGGUGACGACGGGCAGCAAUUUCUACGAGUUCACGCACAACACGCGCGCAGUCAAGUCCACCAUCGUGCACUUCCAGCUGCGCAACCUCGUGUGGGCCACGUCAGCGCAUGACGUGUACUCGCUGCACCACCACGUCAUCAACCACUUCUCCCCGCUCACGCGCAAGUCCACCCCGGUCCUGGACCUCGGAAACCCCCUCGUCGCCAGGCGCCACGCCCCCCCGCACGCCCACGCGCCCACAGCUGGCGCGCGGGGCGCAGGGGGCGCGGGGGGUGCAGUAGGCAGGGGGGAUCAGCGCAGCGGAGUGCAGCUGGAGCCUUCUGCGCGGGCGAUUUACACGGGAGCCAUGCCCUCCGCUGCAGGCUCCGCUGCUGCUGGGAGAAGCAACAGCAGUAGCAGCGGUACAGAGGAGGGCAGAGCGGUGCUGGGGAGAGAGGCAGGGGGACUGGCGCUUUCUCAACAGCAGCAGCAGCAGCAGCAGGAGGGGGUGUGGGAGGCGGUGGAUCGGGUACAAGUGAGCACCAUGUGCGUCAGACACGGGCUGCUCGUAGCAGGGGGCUUUCACGGGGAGAUGGUCUGCACCAGGCUCGGCACAGGCUCGGAAGCGGACGCAGGCUCGGGGUCGGAAGCAGGAGUGGCGUUCACAGGGCGGGUAUCCCGGGAUCAGAGUGCCAUCACGAACGCUGUUGAGAUCUUCAGAUCUAACAGUGGAGCACUGAGUGUGCUCACGUCCAACAACGACUGUGUGGUGAGGGACUUCGACAUCGCCACCUUCUCCAUCCUCUCCCGCCAAGCCUUCCCUUGGCCCGUCAAUCACACGGCAGUGGCACCGGACAGCACGCUCGUGUCAGUGGUGGGGGACGACCCCGAAGCAUUGCUACUCGACCUCACCUCGGGCAAGGUUGUAGCGCGCAUGCAGGGCCACGUGGACUACUCCUUUGCUACAGCCUGGCACCCGGGCGGCAACCUCUUUGCCACGGGCAACCAGGACACCACGUGUCGCGUGUGGGACCGCCGGCGACUUGACAAUUCCCUGUUCACCCUCAAGGGGCGAUUGGGGGCUAUUCGGUCACUCAGAUUCACCAGCGAUGGCAGGUGGGUCUCCGUUGGGGGGAGAGGGAAGGGAAUAGGCAGUUUUAGGUUCAUGGCCAUGGCUGAGCCAGCAGACUUCGUGCAUGUAUUCGACACGAGCAGCGGGUUCACACGAGCACAGGAGAUUGACAUAUUCGGGGAGAUUGCGGGGAUAUCGUUUUCCCCUGAUACAGAGGCUCUCUUUAUUGGUGUGGCGGAUCGCACAUACAGUAGUCUCCUGGAGUACACCCGCGCUCACUCAUACGCUUAUCUUGAUGCUUGCAUUUAA